AAUGGCAAGCCAGGCGGAGUUGCUGGGGUCACGUAGAACAUGGCGUGGAGGGGAUGUGUAUUAAAAUGGGCUAGAGAGGACAUAAUUAACACUGCCACACGGAGUAACAGAUUCACCCUCUACACACAGCAGCGAUGUGGCUUCCGGAAAACAGCAAAGAAGGUGGAACCGAAGAAGGGCUCUGUGGAGGAGGCAGGCCAGCCACACGUAGAGUUGGCUGAGAGAGAACUGACCCAAAGGAAGAGUGUACCCUCUCCCACGCCCCCUACCCCACAAAUGCCCCCUCGGGCCUUUGGUCGCCUCGUCAAGCCAUUGGUGUUCACCAUAGGGUUUACAGGCUGCUCUUUCGGCUCUGCAGCCAUUUGGCAGUAUGAGUCCCUCAAGUCUCGCGUGCAGAGCUACUUCGACGAAGUGCGCACUGAUUGGCUGGAGAAGAUCCGGCCGCAGAAGCAGGGCGACAUCCGUAAACAGAUAAAUCAAUGGUGGAACGGCUUGAGUGAAGGACAACGCACUGUCACAGGUAUAAUAGCAGUGAAUGCACUUGUGUUCUGCUGCUGGAGAGUCCCGGCUCUUCAGCGCUCCAUGAUGACCUACUUCACGUCCAACCCCGCCUCCAAGGCUGUGUGCCUUCCCAUGGUGCUGUCCACCUUCAGUCACUAUUCUCUGUUCCACAUGGCCGCCAACAUGUACGUCCUCUGGAGCUUCUCCUCCAGCAUCGUCUCCAUGCUGGGCAAGGAACAGUUCAUGGCUGUCUACCUGUCUGCAGGGGCCAUCUCCACAUUUGGUAGCUAUUUAGCUAAGACAGCCACUGGUCGCCUGGGCCCUUCUCUUGGAGCGUCUGGAGCGAUCAUGACAGUCCUCGCAGCCGUCUGCACCAAGAUGCCGGAGGCCAAACUGGCCAUCAUCUUCCUGCCCAUGUACACGUUCACUGCAGGCAAUGCAUUGAAAGCGAUCGUUGCCAUGGAUACAGCUGGCUUAGUGCUGGGAUGGAAGUUAUUUGACCACGCGGCACAUUUGGGCGGAGCUCUUUUUGGGAUCUGGUAUGUGUGGUAUGGCCAUGAGCUGAUUUGGAAGAACCGAGAGCCUCUGGUAAAGAUCUGGCAUGACUUCCGGACAGGGGGUCCAGGAGGAGGAGGAGGAAACGGGUCAAUGUAGAGACCUGCAAUGCUCCUGGGCUUCCCAGACUUCCAUACGGACAUACACAGUGCAGAGAGUUGAGGGCAGGAAGAAAAACGCAACUCUGAGACCACCUCUUUGUUUGUUUGUUUUGUUUUGUUUUGUUUGUUUGUUUUGUUUGUUUGUUUUUGUUUUUUAACUCUACCCACUCGUGUAAAAAAUUUCCCACACUCACAAACAUGCCUGUGCGGAGGGCUACCACCCCCUGCUUACAUGUUUCAUGUUGCCCCCACAAAUGCAGUAGAUGCAUUUCUUUUCUCUUUAUAAAAAAGCCCCGAAAACAAAGCCUCGUAUUGACAUACCCGAGCCAUCCGACACAUUCUCAGACGCAGUAAUAGGUGGCACGCACAUGUUGUCACAUGGCUCAGCCUGAGUCCUCCAGUUGUGUGAGAGAGGAACAGGUAGGGUGAGGGCUGCUGGGUGAACUUGUCAUCUCAGCUGCACAUUUGCUCCUUAUGCUGAAUCGGAGGCCAAAAGUUUAAGUGAAAGCCCAACUGUCCCUCUCACUGUGCACUGAAGGGUGGAGUGAAGAGUAACUGGAAGUGGCAGUCUCUCUCUCUGUCCGUCCUCUUUUGAGAUCAUGACUGUGGUUCCUCAGUGUUAGUUUGACAUUUAAAAGAAUGACCGUGCCCUCGUAUCGACCUCCUGUGAUGGAAAAACAAAUGGACUAAACGUAUACAUGUACAGGAAUGCAGAGGUUUUGUAGUUUGUGUCUACACAAUUAUUAUUUUUUUUUGAACUAAAUAAAUAUUUAAAGCACACAGUUUAA